UCCUCUCGGUUAUGGAUGAAACGAGUCCGCUGGUGUCUCCCAUCCGCGACUCGGACCUGAGCUCCUUCCCCUCGGAGCCUCUGAGUCCCCGGGGCGGAUUUGGCGGCGCGCCGGGUUCGGUGGUUCGUGUCCCGGCCGGGAGUCCCGGGCGCAGCCGGGAGAGGCAGCCGCUGCUGGACAGGGACCGGGACCGGGGAGGGUCGCCGCGGGACCCGCACAGGAACGAGUUCCCCGAGGAUCCCGAGUUCAGAGAGAUCAUCCGCAAGGCGGAGAGAGCCAUCGAUGAAGGGAUCUACCCGGAGAGGAUCUACCAGGGAUCCAGCGGAAGCUACUUCGUGAAGGACACUCAGGGGAAGAUCAUCGGCGUGUUCAAGCCGAAGAACGAGGAGCCGUACGGCCAGCUGAACCCAAAAUGGACCAAGUGGCUGCAGAAGCUGUGCUGUCCGUGCUGCUUCGGGCGGGACUGCCUGGUCCUGAACCAGGGCUACCUCUCCGAGGCUGGAGCCAGCUUAGUGGAUCAGAAGCUGGAGCUCAACGUGGUGCCACGUACCCGGGUGGUCUACUUGGCGAGCGACACCUUUAACUACAGCGCCAUAGACAGAGUGAAGUCUCGAGGUAAACGACUCGCCCUGGAGAAGGUGCCCAAAGUCGGCCAGCGCUUCCACAGGAUCGGCCUGCCUCCCAAGGUCGGCUCGUUCCAGCUCUUCGUGGACGGCUACAAGGACGCCGAUUUCUGGCUGCGGCGCUUCGAGACCGAGCCUUUACCGGAGAACAACAACCGGCAGCUCCAGCUCCAGUUCGAGAGGCUGGUGGUGCUGGAUUACAUCAUCCGAAACACAGAUCGAGGUAACGAUAACUGGCUGAUAAAGUACGACUGUCCCAUGGACACCUCGGGGAACCGGGACACCGACUGGGUGGUGGUGAAGGACCCCAUCAUUAAAAUAGCGGCGAUCGAUAACGGCCUGGCGUUCCCGCUCAAGCACCCCGACUCGUGGAGAGCCUACCCGUUCUACUGGGCGUGGCUGGCGCAGGCGAAGGUGCCGUUCUCACAGGAGAUCCGGGAGCUGGUCCUGCCCAAACUCUCCGACCCCAACUUCAUCAAGGACCUGGAGGAGGACCUCUAUGAGCUCUUCAAGAAGGAUCCAGGUUUCGACAGAGGUCAGUUCCACAAACAGCUCUCGGUGAUGAGAGGACAGGUCUUGAACCUCACUCAGGCCCUGAAGGACGGUAAGUCGCCGCUGCAGCUGGUCCAGAUGCCGCCGGUGAUCGUGGAGACGGCGCGGGCGCCGCAGCGCGCCAACAGCGAGUCGUACACGCAGAGCUUCCAGAGCCGCCGGCCGUUCUUCACGCGGUGGUGACGGGCGUGCGGGCGAGGCUGCCCCGCCCCUCCUCUCGUAGAGGGGGAGCGUCCCGAUUUACAGCAGGACUGAAACCUUUUAGCUUUUUUUUG